CAUUAAUUUUUUGCAAAGCAAAGAUCUGAUGAAUUUCUUCUACUCCUGAUUUGUCAUUGGUAUAUAUAUAAAUGAAUAUGUAUAUAUGCACAUGCAUGUAUAUUGUUUUGAUGCUUACCGGCAUUGGGAGAAUCUGUGAUAGUUGGAGCUUGUGAUUGAGUGCUUUUGAUAUCGUUUGUGUUGGAAUUUCUCUCGGAUCUGAUGUCUAGAACCACCAGCCUCUGCUCUAGUAUUCUCAGAUUCCGCAGCCUCUUUUGUGAUUCAAGUUCCUUUCAGUUGAAUUUCACCGACAUUUCUCUCUCUCUCUCUCUCUCAAAUGUCUGCGUAUAUUUAUAUUGUUCUUGUAAUCAUGGUUCUGGGAAUGAGGACUAAAAACAGGAAAAGCCCCACUGUUCAGCUUGAUUAUCUGAUCCAUGUUCAGGAGGUUAAACCUUGGCCACCAUCUCAGUCACUGAGAACCCUUCGUUCUGUUCUAAUUCAAUGGGAACAUGGUGAGCGGAAUUCUGGAUCUACUAACCCAGUUGUCCCUUUGCUUGGGUCUGGUAUUGGUGAUGGAAAAAUUGAAUUUAAUGAGUCUUUUAGGCUUCCCGUGACACUGAUAAGGGAAACUUUCACCAAAGGCUGGGAUGGUGAUAGUUUUCAAAAGAAUUGCUUAGAGUUCAAUUUGUAUGAACUUCGGAGGGAUAAGACGGUGAAAGGUCAAUUGUUGGGAACUGCCAUUGUAGACUUGGCAGACUAUGGUGCUGUUAAAGAGACUACAAGCAUAAGUGUUCCAAUGAAUUCCAAGAGGAGUUUAAGUAACACAGCUCAACCACUUCUGUUUAUUAAGAUCCAGUCAAUUGAAAAAGGUCGCACUGGCUCCUCUUCAAGGGACAACCUGUUGAAAGAAACUUCAAUGGAGAGGAACGGUGGUGAAUCUGUUUCCGCCUUGAUGAAUGAAGAAUAUGCUGAAGAAGCUGAGAUUGCAUCGAUCACUGAUGAUGAUGUUUCUUCUCACUCGUCUCUGGCUAUUUCUUCUUCAGCUUUUGAGACUAAUGGGGGUUUGUCCCCUCGUAGUGAAGAGAAUGGAUCACAGGCAAUGAAGGAUAGCCCAGGAGAGGCUAAUGACCAACAUCACUUAACUUCAAAGCAAGGGCUUGCUAAAUUUGACACAAAGCCUGUGAAUGAACUACGUGAAAGUUUGAAGGUUAUUUCAUCUUGUUCAUCAUCAACAGACUUAUCGUCUGAUAUGGCAAGCCCAGAAAAUGGUCGCGCUGCAUUAUCCAACUUCCAUGAAACAAGCUUGACAUCGAUGCCAAAGAAAAUCGUUGGCCAUAGUGGUCAAUCAUCAUCCUCAUCUAUAACUUAUGAAGCUAUAGAGGAAGACGUAAACACCAACAUGAGCAAUAAAAACUAUGACAGUUUGGUGCUGGAUGAAAAGGAUGCUAAUGGUGGAAGUGAAAUUAACAGUAAUGCUCUGCAAGGAUCUAAACCAAAUGGCUCUUCAGCAAGAUUAGCAUCCCCUGAUCAACAGGUGGAUGAGAAGUUGGGCUUUUCAAUCUGCAUGGAAUCUCAAGUCACUCAAGAGGAUAGUGAUGAAGUUUUGAGUGUUAGCACAGAAGGAACGCACGAAGGUGCAAGUGCUGAUGUUAUUCAUAAUGAUCCUGCAAAGGACAUAAACAGAAAGGAACAUCAAGAAAAUGGACAAGGAGCACAAGUCUUCUCAGGAAGUGAUGCACUUUCUUUCUGUGGGGAAAAUUCUGGGGCAAACAGUAAUAUCCUAAACAGUGAUAGAUUGAAGCAUGUGAGGUCUGUGCGAUCACUUGUGGACUCAGGUAGGAGCAAUGGAUCAGUCAGGUGUGGUAAGCUGGGAGAUGCUCAGAAUGGCCCUCUAGGCUUUGUUAGCUAUGAAAGAAAAGACACCAAAAGUUAUCCAAAGGAGACAAGAAACAUCACUUCCGAUGGUAAAAUCCAACAACUGGAACAUAGAAUAAAGAAACUUGAAGGAGAGUUGAGAGAAGCUGCUGCUAUGGAGGUUGGUCUUUACUCAGUUAUUCCAGAGCAUGGAAGUUCCAUUAAUAAGGUCCAUAUUCCAGCUCGGCGACUUUCUAGGCUCUAUUUCCAUGCUUGCAAAGACAGUUCCCAAACAAGGAGAGCAAGUGCUGCUAGAAGUGCUGUCUCAGGAUUAGUUCUAGUUGCAAAAGCAUGUGGAAAUGAUGUCCCAAGGUUGACUUUUUGGUUAUCAAAUUCUGUUGUGUUGAGAGCCAUUAUAAGCCAAGCCUUCACAGAGCAGCAAUUACCACUUUCUGCUGGGCCUUGUGUUAAAAGGACUGAUGGUGGGAAGCGAAGCCACAGUAAAUUAUCUACACUUAAAUGGAGGGAUUCCUCUUCAAGAACGGAGACUAAAGGUGCUUUAUGUGAAAGUUCUGAAGACUGGGAGGACCCUCGUACAUUUAUAUCUGCAUUGGAAAAGAUUGAAGCUUGGAUUUUCUCGCGGAUCAUCGAGUCUGUCUGGUGGCAGACUCUGACACCCCAUAUGCAAUCUGCUGCUACAAAAGCAAUAAAUACAGGUUUGGAUUUUGGCGCAAGUAAAACCUAUCAAAGGACAUCUAGUUUAAGUGAUCAAGAUCAGGUAAACUUCUCAUUAGAGCUCUGGAAGAAGGCUUUCAAGGAUGCCUGUGAACGGCUUUGUCCUGUUCGAGCUGGCGGACACGAGUGUGGCUGCUUACCUGUGCUGGCUAGAUUGAUAAUGAUGCAAUGUGUGGCUAGAUUGGAUGUGGCAAUGUUCAAUGCUAUUCUUCGUGAAUCUGAUGAUGACAUUCCAACUGAUCCUGUAUCUGACCCUGUUAGUGAUGCCAAGGUUCUCCCUAUUCCAGCAGGGAAAGCAAGCUUUGGGGCUGGUGCACUACUUAAAAAUGCGAUUGGGAACUGGUCUAGAUGGCUUACUGACCAGUUUGGUAUUGAUGAUGACGACUCAUUUAAUGACAAGAAUGAUCAUGAUAAUGAUGACGACGACGAGAGCAAAGACUAUGAUGCGUCCUUCAAGUCAUUCCAUCUUCUAAAUGCAUUGAGUGACCUCAUGAUGCUUCCGAAGGACAUGCUCUUAAGCAGGUCAAUCAGAAAAGAGGUAUGUCCUACAUUUGGUGCACAACUGAUCAAGACGGUACUCACAAAUUUUGUCCCAGAUGAAUUUUGCCCCGACCCACUUCCUGAGGUUUUGUUUGAAGCUCUGGAUUCUGAGGACCUUUUUGAGGCUGAGGAAGGUUUUGUCACGGACUUCCCGUGCAGCGCAACUCCAAUAGUCUAUUUACCACCACCAGCAAUUUCAGUUGCUGGUAUUAUCAGAGAGAUUGGAAGCCAAUCCCAGCUGACAAGAAGUGGGUCCUUGGUGCUGAGGAAAUCGUACACUAGUGAUGAUGAGCUUGAUGGAUUGGAUUCACCCUUAACUGCAAUUAUCGACAGCCCUCUGGCUUCUUCACCUAUUUCAACUAAACCCUGCUGGUUAUCCAAGGAAAAUGGUAGUCAAAAUGCUGUCAGGUAUCAGCUUCUUCGUGAGAUCUGGAUGACUAGUGAGUAGCAGUAAUGGACUUCGUAGAUUUGGUUCAUCCCAUAGUUGAAACAUCAGACAGCCUGUAGGGUUUAGCUUGAUAUCGUAGGAAAAGUGCAGUUAUAAUGCUGUGUAGAUGCAGAUCCCUUUGGCAAGGCAUAGACGAAUAAUGAGUAGCUAGCUAUAUGUAUAUGACAUGUAUGCAACAGUGCAUAAAUAAUUGGGAUCACUAUUUUAGUUGUAGAGCUGUGCUAGGUUUCUUUGUUGAUCCAUGUACUUUUCUUGAUUGUAUAUAUGAAAAUGCUGGUUUGAGAAAUUUGCCAAGUUA